AUGCACAAGGUGUCUCAGCUGAAAAGAAACCUGAGCCCUAAGGAGGUGGCGCGGAGCUACAGGGCAAAAAAGGCUGGCGCGAACAGCGCGUAAGGGCGCUGGGCAGCGCUAGAGGACCGGGGAGCUCGGCCGCAGAGGACCCUACCUAGCGACCUAAUCCUGGGAUCCCCGCUCCAAUCUCUCCUCGCAUUUUACGUAUUUCCCCCCCGCGACUAUCUCACCAAAACGGAGCCUUUACAUCAAGAGAAGGUGCGGGAGCUCGGGCAACCAGGACUUUGCCGGGCACUCAGGAUGCGGUCCAUCAGGAAGAGGUGGGCGAUCUGCACGAUAAGUCUGCUCCUGAUCUUUUAUAAGACAAAAGAAAUAGCAAAAACUGAGGAGCACCAGGAGACGCAACUCACUGGAGAUGGUGAAUUGUAUUUGAGUCGAUCACUUGUCAAUACUUCUGAUAAAAUCACUCGAAAGGCUGGCACCUCAAUCUUCCAGCACAAUGUAGAAGGUUGGAAAAUCAAUUCCUCUUUGGUCCUGGAGAUAAGGAAGAACAUUCUUCGUUUCUUAGAUGCAGAACGAGACGUCUCAGUGGUCAAGAGCAGUUUUAAGCCUGGUGAUGUCAUACACUAUGUCCUCGACAGGCGCCGGACACUAAAUAUUUCUCAUGAUCUCCAUAGCCUCCUACCUGAAGUUUCACCAAUGAAAAAUCGCAGGUUUAAGACCUGUGCAGUUGUUGGAAACUCUGGUAUUCUGCUAGAUAGUGAAUGUGGAAAAGAGAUUGACAGUCACAACUUUGUAAUAAGGUGUAAUCUAGCUCCUGUGGUGGAGUUUGCUGCAGAUGUGGGAACUAAAUCAGAUUUUAUUACCAUGAAUCCAUCAGUUGUACAAAGAGCAUUUGGAGGCUUUCGGAAUGAGAGUGACAAAGAAAAAUUUGUGCAUAGACUUUCCAUGCUGAAUGACAGUGUCCUUUGGAUUCCUGCUUUCAUGGUCAAAGGAGGAGAGAAGCACGUGGAGUGGGUUAAUGCGUUAAUCCUUAAGAAUAAACUGAAAGUGCGAACUGCCUAUCCAUCAUUGAGACUUAUUCAUGCUGUCAGAGGUUAUUGGCUGACAAAUAAAGUUCCCAUCAAAAGACCUAGCACAGGUCUCCUCAUGUAUACCCUUGCCACAAGAUUCUGUGAUGAAAUUCACCUGUAUGGAUUCUGGCCAUUCCCCAAGGAUUUGAAUGGAAAAGCCGUUAAAUAUCAUUACUAUGACGACUUAAAAUAUAGGUACUUUUCCAAUGCAGGUCCUCACAGAAUGCCAUUAGAAUUCAAAACAUUAAAUGUGCUACAUAAUAGAGGAGCUCUAAAACUGACAACAGGAAAGUGUGUAAAGCAAUAA